GCAGAAUGAGCCUCUGCAGUCAGGGCUUAGAAUAAUUGCAAUGCAGUUACUGAUGGAUUCACGUAACAGCACAACAAAUGAAACGUAAGUAAGUUUCACAUGAAUUUCGGAAGGGAUUAGUGUGCUCAGCACUGUGAGAAAUGACCCAGAGCCACUGCUGGCCAGCAGGUAUCAGGCAGGAGGAGUUGGAUCAGCUCCUGCAACCUGUCUUUGUCUGGCUGCAUUUAUUUACAAUUCUUUAGAGUUAUUUUCCUUUAAUUUCUGCUCCCUGUUCCUGUUUGUUUCUGUUCUCCCUUGCUUCGUAUGCAACGUCCAGUCUUGCCAUUGUGCAUAAAACACCUUUCCACCUUUUUGUCCUUUUACAGCCCCUAAUGCACUGCAUGGUGCCACAAACUCCAACAACCUGCCAACUCUCUGGUUAUUUAUUUCCCUUUUUUACUCGUUUCCUCUGAGCUCCCGUAAGCCUUUAUGAAGCCUUGGGCACUGAGCAGUUUGGAUAGAAACAAAACAACCUAACGUGAACGUUGAAGAAAUUAUCCCUGUACAAUUUUUGAAGGUGUAAAAUUCACGCUGGGACCCAAAGGAAGGCAGUCUGUACCAGAGCCAGUGUCAUUCUUACAGCAGUUUCAGAAGCGUGCAGGGACAGACAGACAGUGCAGGUGUUGGAAAGCAGCCGUGCCAGAAUGAUGGAAAUGAUGUUCAAUGUUUGUAUCACUGAAAUGUCACUUCCAGCCUCCAAACCGGUGCUGAUCUCCCUGCUUGAGGAAGGGAAAGACCCCUGGCUCCCAGAUGUGCACGGCCUGGAGGACAUGGCAGGGGACCUCAGCCCAGCAUCCAUCCAGGACAGGAUGACAGCUCUAGAGGAGGUUCUGCAGAAGUGUGAUGUGGCCAGAUGGCAGCGGGGCAGUGGCUCGGUGGGAAAAGCCAGAAGGGAUGUGCAGGGGAGCCUGGUGCAGGGAGAGCACCCGAAAGAGCAACAGGGAAACCCUCGGGGAGAGAUUGUGGGGAACCUCCUGGACUGCAGCACGGGUCAAAAGCAGCCUGAAGAUGCAAGGAGCGAGGAAGAGUGCCAGGAGAAAAGGCAGAACCCAAGUGCUGAGUGUGGGAAGCGCCUUAAAAGGAACCCCAGCAUCCGCAUGGGAGACAUUCGCUUUAAAUGCCUUGAGUGUGAAAAGAGGAACACAAAAAGCUGCAACUUGCUGAUCCACCGUCAGGACCACGCGGAAGAGAGACCCUACAAGUGUCCUGAGUGUGGGAAGAGCUUCAGAAGCAGUUCGAACCUCAUCCGCCACCAGCGCAUCCACACGGGAGAGAGACCCUUUCAGUGCCCCGAGUGUGGGAAGAGCUUCAGAAGCAGCUCUGACCUCAUUGUCCACCAUCGCAUCCAUACGGGGGAGAGACCUUUUCAGUGUCCGGAGUGUCCAAAGAACUUCAAAAGCAGCGCUCACCUCACCUCCCACCAGCGCAUCCACACGGGAGAGAGACCCUUCAAGUGCCAAGAAUGCGAGAAGACCUUCAAAUGCAGUUCCCACCUCAUCCACCACCAGUACAUCCACACAGGAGAGAGACCCUUCAAGUGCCCGGAGUGUGGGAAGAGCUUCAGCAGCAGUUCGAAUCUCACCGACCACCAGCGCAUCCACACAGGGGAGAGACGUUUUCAGUGCCCCGAGUGUGGGAAGAGCUUCAGCAGCAGCUCCAACGUCGUCAUCCACCAGCGCAUCCACACCGGAGAGAGACCCUUCCAGUGCCCCGAGUGUGGGAAGAGCUUCAAAAGCAGCUCCACCCUCAUCAACCACCAGCGCAUCCACACGGAGGAGAGACCCUUCCAGUGCCCCGAGUGUGGGAAGAGCUUCAAAAGCAGCUCUGACCUCAUUGUCCACCUGCGCGUCCACACGGGGUAUAAACCUUACAGGUGCUCAGAGUGUGGGAAGAGCUUCAAAAGGAGUUCUGAAUUGAAGUGCCACCGGCGCAUCCACACGGGGGAGAGACCCUUUGAGUGCUCCAAGUGUGGGAAGAGCUUCAGCAGCAGUUCCAGCCUCGGUUACCACCAGCACAUCCACACAGGAGAGAGACCUUACCAGUGCUCCGAGUGUGAGAAGAGCUUCAAAACCUCUUCGUACCUCAUUGUCCACCAACGAAUCCACACAGGAGAGAGACCCUACCGGUGCUGUGAGUGUGGGAAGAGCUUUAGCAGCAGUUCUAAACUCAACUCCCACAAGAGGAUGCACAGAGGAGGCAGUCCAUAAAAGCACCCUGAGUUUGUGCGUUUCAGUUCCUGCCUCCUUACCUACCUGCACAUCCUCACAAGAGACAAAGCCCCAAACUCCUUCACCUGCCAGGUGAUGCGGUGCAGCCGGGACGGAGCGCUCACUGUGACGAAGAGGUGUUGCAGUGUGUGUGUGUGAACUGGGAGAUCCACUGUGAUUCCCAGCAGGGAAUGGUGCGUGUGGCUGAGAGCAGGGAAUUACAAACCCCAGCCAUGUUUGGGUACCCGACCUCGGGUGCAGGGCAGAUCCAACCCCUCCUGUUCCCCUCCUUAUCCUGGUUAUCGCUUUUGAAAAUCGACUUCUGCUUUUUCUGCCUUCUCCUGUUCAGCACUCCGUUUGCUGUUGGAGAGCUGCUGUUUGGUGACAUUUGACUGCUGUUACCAAGUCCGUUGACUUGGACUUGGUCUUGGACUUGGAUUUGGUCAUGGAUGGACUUGGACUUGGUGAUGGAUGGACUUGGACUUGG